AUGACGGCAGCCUCCAGGGGAGCAGCAACGGCUUACAGUAGCAAGCGCCCUGCUGCUGCUGCUGCAGCAAGGAAGCCUGCAGCAGCAGCAGCAUCUGCUGCAGCAGCGUCUGCUGCAGCAGAUGCUGCCCCCGCAGACGCAGCUGCAGCGAAAACGACGGCAGCUGCAAAAGAAGCAGCAGCAGCAGAUCCAGAUGCAGAGGUAGCUGCUGCUUGCCCUGUUGCUGUUGCUGCUGAUGCAGCAGCAACAACAACAACAACAACAACAACAACAACAACAACAACAACAGCAGCAGCAGCAGCAGCAGCUCCACCACCGGAGGCUGUAUCUGAAACAAUGGAGGUGGCAGCAGCAGAAGCAGCAGCAGCAGGAGAUACCUCAACAACAGCUUCCUUAGCAGCAGCAAGCAACUCAUCAGAAACAGCAGCAGCAGCAGCAGCAACAGAAGCAGCAGCAGCAGCAGAAGCAGCAUGUGAUGCUUGUCAAUACUGCGCCGACUUCUGCAGCAACAGCUCUUGCAGCAGAUGCCUACCUGUGCGGCAGCAAGUGAGAGAACGGAUGUGGGGCCCCUGCUGCUGCUGCUGCUGCCCCUGCUGCUAUUGCAACUCACCAGCAGCAGCAGCAGCUGCUGCUGCUGCAGCAGCAGAGGCGGGGCUUCCUCCUGAGUCUACUCAGGAUUUCAGUGCUGCUGCUGCAGCACGCGACGAUGCUGCGGAUGCAGCAGCAGCGGCAGCAACAGCAGCAGCAACUGCAGCAGCAACUGCAGCAGCAACUGCAGCAACAGCAACUGCAGCACGCUGUCGCAUGCAGCCAAUGGGGUGUACAGGCACCUCAACUGAAGGCAUCCGAGUAGAAUCUGCUUCUCGGCAGGCUCCUGUUUGUGUUGUUGCUGCUGCUGUCGCAGCAGCAGCUGCUGCUGCGCCGUCAGCUGAAGCAGCAGCAGUUGCUGCUUUCCCUGUUGCAGCAGCAGCAAAGGCUGCUGCUGCUGCUGCUGCAGGCCAGGAUGGUCUUUGUUGCAUGCAAGACGACCUCACGCAGCAGCUGCAGCAGCUGCAGCAGCUGCAGCAGCUACAGCAAAAGCAACAGCAGCAAAAGCAACAGCAACAGAAGCAGCAGCAACAAAAGCAGCAGCAGCUGAAACAGAAGCAGCCCUCGGUUCUGCAGCAGAGAAGGCAGCAGCGCAGACAGCAGAGGCAGCAGCAAAUGCUGCAGCAGCAAACCCGCUCCAUUCAGUUAACCUCCGGUGGCACCAGCAGCAGCUGCAGCAGCAGCAGCAGCUGCAGCAGCAGCAGCUGCUGCUGCAGCAGCAGCUACACCAGCAGCAGCAACGGCAGCAACGGCACCUGCUGCAGCAGCACCUACAGGGUCAGCUGCAACACCAGCAGCAGCUGCUGCUGCAGUAGUGGCAGCGGAAACACUAACAGCGUGCGCUGGCUGCCAGGAGCAGGUCAGCAGCAGCAGCAGCACGAGCAGCAGCAGCAGCAGCAGCAGCAGCAUCAGGGAACGAGCUGCUCCCGUGGCUGGCCCAACUGCUGCCGCAACGGCUGCAGCGCGGAUUGCUUCAAGCGCACGUCGGCGCAGCAGCAGCCCGUGUCAGUUUCCUUUGCCUCUCAGCAGCAGCAGCAGCGGUUGCAGCAGCAAUUGCAACAGCAGCAGCAACAGCAGCAGCAGCAGCAGCAGCAGCGAUGUCUUUGGCGAUGCUUCUUAGUUGGUGUUGCUGCUCCUUGCGAAGGGUGGACAGCAGCAAAGCAGCAGCAGCUGCAGCAACUUAAGCAGCAGCUGCUGCUUCAGUAUGAGCAGCAGCAGCAGCAGCAAAAACAGCAGCAGCAGCAAAAACAGCAGCAGCACAAAACACCCAUCAAGCUCAAACCCCUCCCGCAGCAGCAGCAAACUAUUCAGGCACUAAGAGAUGCUGGCUGCAGCAAAUGCUCUAAGAUCAGCAGCAGCAGCAGCAGUGAUUCUGCUGCUGCUGCUGCUGCUGCUGCUGCUGCUGCUGGUGAUGCAUAA